AAUUCUCUUUCUCCUCCACUGCGGUCAGAGCAGCGAGAGAGUGGAGUGUGUGUGGCAGUCGAAUCUGGGACUAGCAGCAACUCUGUUGUCUUCAGGCAGUUAAUUUGUUGGUUUGGUCCGGGACCGACAUAUAGGAUCAACUGGAGAAGGGAGACGAAGAAGCAGUGAACGGACUGUUUUUUCUCUCUCUCCCUCUUUUUAUUUUUCGUCAGCGUCCCCGUGGAUCUACUCUGGGAUUUCUAAGCGAGGCGAGGAAGUAGACAUGCGUUUUGACUGGCGUUUCUAUUCCAGGUUCUAACAGAUUCGCUGACUGAGUACAGGCGACACAAUAAGUGAGAAGCUGAGCUCGAUCAGAGCAGCGUAGGAAGCAGGCAUGAGCACAGGCGGCCAUCACGCCGUGGUGACCACCCCUCCCACGCCCAGCGGCGGCGGAGGACCCGGUGGUCCUAAGGAACGAUACUUUGACCGCAUCGACCCCAACGAUCCCGAGUACCUGAGAGAGAGGAACAUGUCACCUGACCUCAGACAGGACUUCAAUAUGAUGGAACAGAAGAAGAGAGUCACACAGAUACUACAAAGUCCUGCCUUUAAGGAUGAGUUGGAGGGGCUGAUUGAGGAGCAGAAGAAGAAAGGCAACAACCCCACUGGUCUCCUGGCCCUCCGACAGAUCGCUGACUUUUUCAUGUCUUCAUCCGUGGCUGGGUUCAGCACCUCACCCCUAAGCCUUGGAAUGGUCACUCCCAUCAACGACAUGUAUGGAGUGGAGUCUACCACUCUGGUGAAGGGGGAGAAGCAGACACGCUGCAAGUUGGCCAGCCUCUACAGACUGGUGGACCUGUUCAGCUGGGCACACUUCGCCAGCUCCUACAUCACAGUCCGAGUCAGCAAAGAGCAGGACCACAUCCUCAUCAUCCCCAGAGGACUGUCAUUCGCUGAGGCGUCCGCAUCCAACCUGGUAAAGCUGAACAUCAUCGGGGAUGUGAUUGACCAGGGCUCCACCAACCUCAGGGCUGACCCGUCAGGCUUCAGCCCCCACGCUGCCAUCUACUCCAUCAGGCCAGACGCACGCUGCUGCAUCCACGUGCACACUCCUGCCACCGCCGCCGUGUCGUCUAUGAAGUGUGGCAUCCUGCCCAUCUCUCAGGAGGCCUUGAUCCUGGGUGACAUCGCAUACUACAACUACCAGGGUAGCCUUGACGACCAGGAGGAACGCCUGGCGCUGCAGAAGGCCCUCGGACCCUCAGCCAAGGUGCUGGUGCUGAGGAACCAUGGAGUGGUGGCUCUGGGGGAAACCAUCGAAGAGGCCUUUCAUUACAUCUACAACGCUCAGUAUGCCUGUGAGAUCCAGGUGAAUGCGUUCUCGUGUGCUGGCAGCGUAGACAACCUGAUUGUGUUAGAUGCUGAGAAGUAUAAGUCUCGGACCCAUGCGGUGGCCGAUGCAAUGUCUGUCAACAUGGGAAGUCCACACAAGUGGAAGGUGGGAGAGCUGGAGUUUGAAUCUCUCAUGAGGAUGCUGGAUAACCUGGGCUACCGGACGGGCUACGCUUACCGCCACCCCAUCGUUCGGGAGAAGCCUCGGCACAAGUCCGACGUGGAGAUCCCGGCCACGGUGACGGCGUUCAUGUUCGAGGAGGAGGAGGGCGCCGCGCGGCUGCCGUUUAAGUUCCUCCAGCAGAGACAGGCCCGGGAGAAGACGCGCUGGCUCAACAGCCCUAACAGUUAUAUGAAGGUUAACGUGGCGGCCGUGGACGAACGCACCAGGACCAUGUGGAUGAAGUCUGAGGAAGGUGGUAACAGCAGCGGUACUCCGAUCCGCAUCGAGGACCCCAACCAGUUUGUCCCAAUGAACACCAACCCUAGCGAGGUGCUGGAGAGGAGAAACCGAAUCAGAGAGCAGAACAGAUUCGACAUGAUGACGUCCGGACCUCGCUCUCACCACCUGGCAGGCAUCCCAUUGGACGAACCUCGAAUGCCCUACGUGGCAUCAGAGGAUGACCAGAUGGUUCCUCUACCUCCUAACCCCUUCAGUCAGCUGUCUGAGAAAGAGAUGGACGAAUACACGAUGAACAUAGAGAAGAGACAGCUGGGGCUGAGUGAUGACGAGCACGACCUAACCUCCAACGAUGCUUCCACUCUCUCUCAGUCUCUGUCCCAAACUCAGUCCCCGCAAAUAACUCCAGCUAAACAAGAGAACCACACGAUGCAGAACGGCAAGGACGGCGGCGACCAUGAGGUGAAUGACGAGCUGAGCAAACGGGUCAGUCAGCUGACCACCAGCGUGGAGAGCAUUGAGGUCAAGGUCCGCACCGGCGAGAAGAUCGAAGACUCCGCCCUGUCCCCCGAGAGCUCGCCCUCCAAGUCCCCCAACAAGAAGAAGAAGAAGUUCCGCACUCCCUCCUUCCUCAAGAAGAACAAAAAGAAAGAGAAAAUGGAGGUCUAGAGAAAGAGAGAUGGAGGGAGUGAUAUUAAAGCCUAUAUACAGUUUAAGAAGAGAGGGGACCCCUAUUUUUUUGUAUGUUUUUAUUUUUGUUUUUGUCAGUGUCCUCUUGUCAUUUAAAAUAAAUAUAUUUUAUUUUAAUUGUGUUUUUUAACAAAUUGUUCUUUUAAGUUAACAUUUUUUAGACUUGCGCGAAAAGUGAUGAAUUGAGUUGAGGAUUCUCUUCCUCUGCCUGGAAGUGAAGGCUUAUUGAUUUGGGAAGGCGAGGAUUAAAAUGAUAAAGCUGCAACAACUGAUUCUGGAAAACUGACUCCUCCCCCAUGUUCAAUAUUCACUGCCAUUGGCUGAUUAUGUCAUUUCUUCUCUGCCAUUGGCUAAUGGUUGAUUAUGGAAUUAGAAACAGCCAAUCGUAUUCCUUGCUUCAUAAUCUCCAGCCAACACUGGCGGGUCUAGAUAUGCAUCAGUGGUAUUAUUAAACUGCACAAUAUGGUGACUAGCUAGCGUACGGAAACGCUUUACGCCCUUAUUGUAACCAUAACAACCACCAUGUUCUUUUCGCUUAGAUUUUCUUCUCAUAUGAGGUCUGCUUCUUCAAUACAUAGAGGACUGAAAUCAGAGGCCACAAAGUAAUAGUCCGACUGGAAAGCUGGUUUGAGAUGGCUUUAAAUUUACACCUUUUCUUUCUUUCACUCCUGCUUCUUGUUUUCUCUUUCUCUCUCUGCCUCUCGCUUCGUUUUUCUCUUUCAUCCCUCUUUUUGUUGCUCCUCUUCCUCCUCCUCCUCUCACCUUCUGUUAAAAGUGAAUCUAUAUUUACAUUACCUAGCUCUCUUCUAGUCGACCUCCGACCUUCAUCUCAGUUGUUCACCGCUGUUGAUUCACUCUAAACUCACAUCUCAUUUUUUAUUGUCCUCUUAAUAAUUUCAUUUUUAUUUUGCCAAACUAAAAGGAGUAAAAAAACAAUCACGUUUUAGUGACGAAUCAUCAUUUAUAUACUUUUUAAUCUCAUUUAGAUCAUAAAAACAUGUCAUCUCAAUAAAUAAGAUUACAUUUUAGUUUUUUUAAUUGAACACAGUUUGGUAGUAGUCAUCUCACUCAGUUUUGUGCUCAUUUCUAUACUUUUACAGAGAAAUACAAGAUGUUACGCAUGUUUUUGCAAGAAUCUGAAUUUAUAUGUCUGACUACGUUGCUCUAGUGUUGCCUGCAGGUUUCUCUCAAAUUAUAUUCUUGUUCAGAUUACAAAAAGACUAUAUAACUGAGAUAUAUGUAAACUGGAUAUGUUGGGUAUAGAUUUUUAACUAUAUAUUUUGUAUUUUAUUGUGCUGCACUUUUACUGUGGUAGGACUCUUAACACAAUGUAGUUGCAGGUGGUUUCUACUAUGAAGGAGAUUCUAGAAGCAGAGAACCAAUAGAAUCUAUAGAAGCAAGAAAGUAGAUAGCAGGAGCAGAGUACGGAAGAUACACUUUAGGUUGUGGAGAGUUGUUUCAGAAGAAAAAUAUAUAGAUUUGUGUCACGCUUGAAAAAAUAUGAUUUCUCAGUUAAAAACCAGAAAAUAAAUAAAACAGGUCCCAAUAUACAAAAAGUAUCUUCAGUUAUAAAAUCAUGGGCCUUGAGCGUGGAACUGGCGCCGUUGUUGCUAUGGUGUGUAUUUUGUGUGUGACUUUUUUUUAAGCCUUAUACUAUAUUUUUCUCCUAUAUUUUAAAUCAUGAGACAAGGGUUGAGAAUCUUAUCCUGCCCGCACCCGGGCGUCAAAUUUAGCAAGAGUGCUCCCUGGAUUGUCAUUAGGCCUAAGUCACCCUUAUGUCAUGCCUAUGACUGCUCAUAAGACCACUUUGACAGCUCAUAGUUGUCUAGACGUUGUUUGCGUAGCCUCUAGCCUCUCUUUUUAGUUUCUCUCUUUAUUUGCAUCUCAACAGCUCCUUUCACGACGUUGUCGGUUGUGGAAACUGGAACUCGUGUUAUUUCUCUAGAAGAUAUAAAUCAUGGAAGAGUGAUGACUAAGUGGCAUAUAGACACAGAGUAAUACAGUUAAUAUACAGAUGUACCAAUAUCCCAGCUAGCAAUGUGAACUAUUGGAUUUGGAACAUUGAGAGAGGGAUGAAAGGAGUGAAGGAGAGUGGGAUGGAGCGAGAGGAGAGGGGGAUGGAGCGAGAGAAGGAGAGGGGGAUGGAGCGAGAGAAGGAGAGUGGGAUGGAGCGAGAGAAGGAGAGAGGGAUGAAAGGAGGGAAGGAGAAGGGCACAUCUUUAGCUGUGUAAAUAGCCCUAUCAUCUGUCUCACAGUUACAUGAACAGCUGGAAAAAGGGCUGAGGUGUGUGAGUUUUAGAAAAUGUAAAAGUGUAUGUGUGGGGUGGGGUUUUAGGGAGAACUAUGACAUCAACACACCAUGUUUUUAGAAUUACUCACAAUUGUACCCUUUUUUUUUCAUACCAUUUCUCCUUUUUGACACAGUUCUUAUUUUUCAUCUUUCCAUUUAUAUCAGACAGAUUUUCAGUUCAGUUUUUUCCGUUUACCAAGUACUAGGUUUCUCCUUCCUUAUUAACCAUUUACAGUACGAGCAUUUACAAACCGCUCUCAGAUUAAUUGAAUUUGCAUUUGUGUUCUUUUAUUUACUUUUCUCUCCCAUCUACCGACCAUUUGCACCUUUGUUUUACUAACUAAUGCCUCUGUCCACCAUUUUGUUUCUGUUUAUAAAAAAAGAAAGGAUCGCUUUAGCAUGGAAGUAAUGAGCCACGCCCUCCCUCCCUGUGACCUGUGAACAAAAAUCCUAUUAGAAAUGGUUCUUCUAUAAUGGAGUUGCUUUCAGAUGUGUUGCUAAUCAGUGUAAAUUCACAAAAUAAAACUGUAUUUUAAGAAA